UCCUCCUUUUUUCAAAACUGUACUUGUGUUUUUGCGGCCAGUUGCAUGCAUUUUUCGUCUCCCAAAAUGGUUUGCGAGACUAAAAUUGUUGCGGACGAACACGAUGCUAUACCUGGGACCAAAAAAGAGUCGAUCAUGUGGAGCUCUCCUCCGUCCAGCGCGGCUCUGAACCCCGCCGAAGCCAAGGAUGUGAGGAAAGAUGCGGUUUUUAUCCGCGAGUUUGAGCGCGCGGAUCAGGAGGAGGUGCGGCGCAUCUUUUACGAGGGUAUUAUGGAGAGGAUACCCAACACGGCGUUUAGGGGGCUCAGGCAGCAGCCCAAGACUCAGUUUUUAUAUGCUCUUCUGACAGUAAUGUGCUUUUUCGUGACCAAAUCCGUCACACUGACCUGCUGCACGCCCCUCAUUCUCAUGGGUGCGCGCUACUACUACAGCAGGAAAGUUAUCCAGAGUUAUCUGGACUGUGCUCUGCACACGGACAUGGCUGACAUAGAGGCUUAUUACAUGACACCCACAGGCUCCUGUUUCUGGGUGGCAGUGCUCGACGGACGUGUGGUUGGGAUUGUGGCAGCACAAGGCCGUGAGGAUGACAACACGGUCGAGCUGCGGCGCAUGUCGGUGGACUCUCGCUACCGUGGCAAAGGCAUCGCAAAGGCACUGGGUCGACGUGUUCUGGAGUUCGCAGUGCGCAACAACUACGCCGCAGUGGUCCUCGGCACAACGGCUGUGAAGCUGGCUGCCCACAAGCUGUACGAAUCGCUGGGUUUCCGCCGAACGGGCCAGAGCGAGGACUACAGGCUCCCCGGGAUGAGCCGCUCGCCGCUGGAGAGGCUCUUCUUCCAGAUCCGCUACAGCCGCUACCGCCUGCAGCUCCGUGAGGAGUGAGAGGUGACAGGGAGAGGGAGAGAGAGAUGGAGAGGGGGAGACGGAGAAAGAGAGGGACAGAGAGAGAGAGCAACGACCCUCCUUCACCUGAGAGCUCCGACCGCAUCCUCUCCUCUGACAGCUUUUAUUUAUUUUGUGUAAUUAGAGAUAACUUUGCGUACUACUUAACACUUCUGCUACUUCAUCCUCAAAGUCACUAACAUUUUCAUUACUAUUAUGCUUUUGUUGCUGUUGUUUUUUGUAUUAUAUUUUUACAUUUUAAAUAAGAUUUUGUUUCUUUUUGUUCCUCUAUUUUAUUAAGCAAUUUUUUUGUACCUUACCCCUCCUCUCCACGGUGGGAGAAAAAGUAUUGGCGUUCACCGAAAACAUCUAACUGGCACCCCAACUAGGCACCCUCCCCUGCCCCUUUGGUGUAAAGAUCAUGUGAUUCUGAUCAAUACUCCCCAUCAUUACUAUUCCAUAAUGCCCUCUUUACACCUCCCCCAUUACCUCAAACCUUCCCCUUCCCUCCCACAUUCUCCAAAUUUCUUCACAGCAAAAAUCAACAGAUUGAUUUAGACACGGGAGAGUGCAAUUAGACAUUUGCAUUCUGUUUCACUGGGGGAGGACAGAGCACUGGAUGGGUUGGGAGGGGCAGAUAUGACUUCCUCGAGAGAAUAACACAGAAAAGGUGGUGGUGAGGUAUGGGGCCAGCUUGGGGCUCUGCAAUGUUACAUUUUAUAUGUGCAUUGUUGGCCAAGUGAGGUCUCACACACACACACACACACACACACACACACACACACACACAAACAAACUAAGUCCUUUGGCUUUUAGCCAGUCUCUCAAGACACCAUAUUGAAGCACAGCAAGCGUGUGUUACUGACCCCCACAGUGAGAGAGAAGGAUGACAGGAAGGCUAACAGAAUAUGCACAGUGUAUCCUGCAUCCCAGAUGGAUUUCAGUCAACACAUCUCCCUCACACACCCUCCUCUUCCCUCUCCUUGAUGAUUUUUUGAUAAUUGGAUCUCUCCUUCAUUUCCAUUGUUUUCUGGAUCUAUUGUCAGUUACUUGCCGCUUUGCACUGGAGCUGUGGAGAGGGUCUCUGAUUGGAUGAGGUGACAGGAGGGUGGAACUUUCUCGCUCAUAGAUCCCAGUACACAAGGAAGCUGGAUGUCAGAGCUUGUGUAUGUAUGUGUGGUUGUUCAGAAUAUAUGACGAUAUGUGUGUGUGUGUGUGUGUGUGUGUGUGUGUGUGUGUGAACAGACAGGCACCUUUCUUGCUUAAGUAAAGUGUUAUCUAACUAAACAUUACUACUUUCUAUGUGUACUUAUAAAUUGUUUACCGAUUGAAGACAGAUAAAUUCCAACAUUUUGAAUAUGUUUAGUAUUUGACUGGUAAUUAGUGAUUUUUUAAACAAAUAUUACCACAUUCUAAUAUGCAAAUUUUGCUGUCAAAACUACAACAAUUACAAAGGAGCUGCAGUCUACACUCCAUACACUGAAUCCAGGUUAUUGGGGAACAACUUGGGUAAGACAUGACUACUAGCAAUACUUGCAAACCUGACUGAGCACAAAUAGCAAAUAAUUAUUCAAACCAAUAUAUUGGCAUUAGUAUCCCCCUAGUAUUCAUAUUGUGUACACAGUAGAUAAACUCAUGUAGCAAACUAAAUGUCAAAGUUUCUCCCAUAACAUCUCCCUCAUCUCCAUCCUCUGACCAUACAACCAGCAGUAGAUUCAGCCAUCCAUGACUCUGAGCCUAAGUUGUGUAAUCAUAUUAUUUGUAAAAAGUAAAAUAGAAAAGAAAAAUUCAACAAAAAAAUUACAUAAGCUGAAAAAAUAGAGGAAAAAAAAUAAAUACAAAUGUAAUAGUCAUGAAGUUAGCACUGACCCUCCUGGCCUUGCCACCCUUUCUCCCUCCCAAACUCUCCCCACCUCCCAUUCAUGAAUCUGUCUGCAACCCUGGGCUAGACCCCAAACCUUCCAUUCGAACCCUGCACACCCUCCACUGACCUUUGACCUUGUCUGUCCCAGGCCACACCCAUUUUGCCCAACUCUGCAUGCGCCACAGAGCCUUGCUGCACUGCUUUUAUUUAUCCAUUUGAAGCUUGUUGGACCAACCCCUAGACCCCCACCCCCUAUUCUGAUGUCAUCUAGGCAGUGUGAUGUCCCGAGACAGGCUGGUGCCAGGUUGCAAGGAUGAUGCGUGGUUGUAUGGGUAUAGGCGUAGAUGAAGAAUGAGACAAAAAGUGAGAAAUAACUUGUGUAGGAUACACACAGGACACACUCACCAACUGCAGCACUGCCUGGGUGACAUCAUGCCUGCCAGCCAACCAACUGCAGAAUGCAAAAAGCAAUGCAAGUGUGGCAUGCCUCUGUACCCGAUGUGUGUACGGUGCCUGCCCUGGAAAAGUGUAGAAAAAAAAUUAACAGAUUAUAUAUAUAUAUAAUAUAUAUAAUAUAUUAUAUAUAUAUGUGUGUGUGAAAAGAAAAUAAGCUUCUUUUUUAGAUGAACAUAUAAACUAAAUGUGUGUUUCUUUGGAAAAAAAAAAAAGAAAAAUUUUGCUAUUUGCAUGAAAAUGUGUCUUUGAAUGCAAAUAUAACUUUUAGGGAAGAAACUCCUAGCACAUGGCAUACAGUGGAACCAUAGACCUGUAAUUUUUACAAUGCUUUGUUUUAUUUUAAAUUAUCUUAAUUCUGUGUAAUCAAGACAAGGGUGUGAAAUUAAUACCAACCACAAGCCAGUGCUCAUACAUCUUCAGGAGGGAGCCAACCCUUGUUUAGAAGUUACAUACCAUUUAAAAGCUUUGCUAAAUUUGAAAACAACUAUAGAUAUUCAGUUUUAUCCUGACACUGGCUGGAGGAUGAAAACAUUAGUUUCCUUCCUUGACCACAAUGGGAGUGAGGACAUAUGAUUGAAAGCAUCAUGGCUCUUCUUCUAUUAAACCAGCUUGUUUCCCAAACGUUUUGCAGGACUAAGAUCCUUUUAUGGGCAAUUGACGAAUGAUGCAAGACAAAACAAGCAUUCAUGUCGUGCUUAGUGUGCUUCUUUACUAGCACCGAGGGAAAUAUCUUUCAUCAACCAAUUCCUUUGCCAAGUUUAUCAUAAGCACAUAAAGGGUAUUAAUUUGCAGUGACAUUCAAAUGUUUUGACUUUGUUCAAAGUGACACGAGUAAUAGCUGUUUCCUCUCAAGUGUCCUGAAACCCCACAACAACCUCCGCUUGUGUCAGCUAAAUGCUACAGAUGUACGGAAUUUUCUAGUUUCUUUUGCAUCCAACUUGUGAUUAUACUUUUCACAAUGUGUAUUAUUUAUUUACAGUUGUACAUCUGAGAUUUCAUUCUGAAUUUGUACAAACUAAAAAGCAAGGCACAAAUGCACUGAAAGCAUCACAAAACGCUUCAGAUAUUUUCAUCGGGUCAACAUGUGGUGGUUGACUCACUCAACCUUUGAUGCAACUGCUUUCAACAUGGUUGUUGCUGGAGAGUCAAUAAGAGGACCAGGCUGUGCUUUGUGAUGUUUCUGGAGCAACAGCUACCACUGACCUUCACACAGCACCAAUUUCCCACUAAGCUGAGCAGUAAAUUAGGUUACGACAGCCAAACUGCAGUGUGAAUUCCAUAUGAAACCGUUCUCAGUUGAUGUUCAAAUUUAAAAAUCAGACUACAGAGCAGAGCAUAAACGUUCUACUUCGCCUGGAGUUAAACCUGGUACCACAGUUGUAAAUUGUAGGCGUCAGUGGUGCUGAAGCUUUAGAUUUCCUCACAGAAACACCACAGCAGUGUCAGUUAUGGCUGCCAGUGUGUUUAGGUCCUUCCUGUAUGACUCAACCUAUUCCUUGGAUUUGAUUGAGGUAUGAGGGUUGAGAGUGAGAAGGAGGCUUUGCUGAGGUGGACUGUAAAAUAAACUAUGGUUUAGAUCUUGUGGAAGAAUGUGAAGUCUGUCAAUUCUGAGCCAUUUCUGCUUCUGCCAAUCUCAGUUUUUUGCCUGAUUAAAUUUAAAACACUCCUUCAUGUAUUUUUGGGAAAACUUAUUAUCCAUACUAGUAGAUACUCUGAACAAAGGUGAUAUCACCUUUGACAAGGCCUUAUGCACUGGAAUUAAACACUGGAGUUCAAAUAUCCUGUGGACUGCAUGGUUUAAGGUAGUUAAAGGGUGAUUUUGCAUUGUAAAGAUGAAGUGCACUAACUAUAAUGCAUUUAUCUCUAGUCUGAGCAAUGUCUGUUUUCUACUUUAUGUGAAUGCUGUGCCCUGUGAAGUCUCACCUCCCAUUUAAAACUGGUAGUGCAUACUCAAUGUUAGAAUGUAGUAAUUAAACUGUAUGCAAUUUCUACCAGAGUGUAAAUUUAGUUACAAACCAUUCCUCUGAAAUGUUCUGCUGAUGUACAAUCCAAAAACAAUCUGACUCUUUUUGUAUUUGGUUUUCUGUGAUUUGUUUGAAUGUGAGUGUGCAGCCCUACUGGCUGAGGUUUGAGGAAAGUAUGCUGCAUAAGGGCCACUCCUGCUGGAGAUAGUUCUUUUAGUUUUGAGUGCUUUAGAACCCAAAAAU